AUGGACCCAGUCAAGUACAUAUUUGAAAAAACCACUCUCACCGGACGAAUUGCUUGGUGGCAGGUUCUGCUGUCGGAAUUUGACAUUGUUUAUGUCACUCAAAAGGCAAUAAAGGGAAGCGCCUUGGCAGAUUACCUAGCUCCGCAACCCAUCAAUGACUACCAAUUAAUGCAUCCAGAAUUCCCGAAUGAGGACAUCAUGACCUUGUUCAAGGAGGAAGUAGAGGAUGAAGAUAGGGAUAAAUGGAUUGUGCGGUUCGACGGUGCAUCCACCACACUAGGCCACGGAGUAGAGGCAGUUUUGGUUACCCUCGACGAUCAGUGCAGACCCUUCACAGCUAGAUUGAGCUUUGACUGCAUGAACAACAAGGCCGGGUAUGAGGCGUGCACCCUUGGGAUCCAUGUAGCGGUUGACUUCAAGGUCAAAUUGCUCAAAGUAUAUGGGGACUCAGCCUUGGUAAUCCACCAGUUGAGAGUAGAAUGGGAAACUAAGGAUCAUAAGUUGAUACCCUACCAGGCCUACAUCAAGAAGCUGACGGAGUUCUUCGAUGACAUAUCCUUCCACCACAUUCCUGGAGAGGAGAAUCAAAUGGUCGAUGCACUUGCCACUCUAGCAUCCAUGUUUCAGCUGACCCCGCAUGGGGACUUGUCGUACAUUGAGUUCAGAUGUCGCGGCAAGCCAGCACGUUGCUGCUUAAUAGAAGAUGAGCAGGAUGGUAAAACGGGGUACUUUGAUAUCAAGCGAUACAUCAAAGACAAGGAGUACUGA